GGCGGAGCUUCCUGCCGGGGCCGCCGCCAUAUUGGGGAGCGCUGGGGCCGGCGCCGUGACAGGAGGAGGCGGAGCGGGGCCGGGCCGGGCCGGGCGGGCAGGCUAAUUACUGAUUGGGCUUCAUGAACAUAAAUUCCUGAGGCUGCCGAACUCCCCAACCCCUAUCCAUUCCACCAUGGACCAGGAUUAUGAGAGACGUCUCCUACGCCAAAUCAACAUCCAGAAUGAAAACACGAUGCCUUGUGUAGCAGAGAUGAGAAGAACCCUGACGCCUUCCAAUUCUCCCAUGUCCUCUCCGAGUAAGCACGGAGACAGGUUCAUUCCUUCAAGAGCCGGGGCCAACUGGAGCAUCAACUUCCACAGAAUAAACGAAAAUGAAAAAUCGCCAAGUCAAAACAGAAAAGCGAAGGAUGCUACAUCGGACAAUGGCAAAGAUGGCCUUGCUUACUCCGCCCUGCUGAAGAAUGAACUCUUAGGAGCAGGGAUCGAGAAAGUGCAGGACCCGCAGACGGAAGACAGGAGGUUGCAGCCGUCCACUCCAGAGAAGAAGUCCCUCUUCACUUAUUCUCUCAGCACAAAACGUUCCAGUCCGGAUGAUGGUAACGAGGUCUCGCCGUAUUCCUUGUCUCCUGUCAGCAACAAAAGUCAGAAGCUGUUACGAUCACCCCGAAAACCAACUCGGAAAAUCUCAAAGAUUCCUUUCAAAGUGUUGGAUGCCCCAGAACUGCAGGACGACUUCUACCUGAACCUGGUAGACUGGUCCUCUCUUAACGUCCUCAGCGUUGGCCUUGGCACAUGUGUUUACCUGUGGAGUGCUUGUACGAGCCAGGUAACCCGACUGUGCGAUCUGUCCGUGGAAGGAGAUUCUGUAACGUCCGUGGGCUGGUCAGAACGGGGGAACUUGGUAGCCGUUGGCACUCACAAGGGCUUUGUACAGAUCUGGGAUGCAGCUGCAGGAAAAAAGCUCUCCAUGCUAGAGGGGCACACAGCCAGAGUUGGUGCCUUGGCAUGGAACGCGGACCAGCUGUCUUCUGGGAGUCGAGACAGAAUGAUCCUUCAGAGGGACAUCCGCACCCCUCCCCUGCAGUCAGAGCGGCGGCUCCAGGGCCACAGGCAGGAGGUCUGUGGGCUCAAAUGGUCUACGGACCACCAGCUCCUGGCCUCUGGGGGAAAUGAUAACAAGCUCCUUGUCUGGAAUCACUCCAGCCUGAGUCCUGUCCAACAAUACACAGAGCAUCUUGCAGCAGUAAAAGCCAUCGCCUGGUCUCCGCACCAGCACGGCCUCCUCGCCUCCGGCGGCGGGACAGCCGACCGCUGCAUACGCUUCUGGAACACGCUCACCGGGCAGCCUCUGCAGUGCAUUGACACCGGGUCACAAGUGUGCAACCUGGCCUGGUCAAAGCACGCCAACGAGCUAGUGAGUACCCAUGGAUACUCGCAGAACCAGAUCCUCGUCUGGAAAUACCCCUCAUUAACUCAAGUAGCAAAGCUAACAGGGCACUCGUACAGAGUCUUAUAUCUGGCAAUGUCCCCUGAUGGGGAGGCCAUAGUUACGGGAGCUGGAGAUGAAACCUUGCGGUUCUGGAACGUCUUCAGUAAAACUCGCUCGACAAAGGAGUCUGUAUCCGUUCUCAACCUCUUCACCAGGAUACGGUAAACCCCAUGUACUGCAAUCCAAGAGACUACAGCCUGCCGUUCCAGGAUAAAACCACUACCUUGGUGUGCAUGGAACCCCAAACGAUCGGCCAGAAGGGGAGGGAGUGCCAGCGGGACUGGAGGAUGGACCCAACAGAUGCUAAUUAAAUAUGUGCUUGUGAA